GCAUCGGCUAGCUGUGAUGGAUCUGUCAGAGUGUGGAAAAUUUCAGAACAGAAUUGUGAGAUAAGCUGGCCGCUGCUGCAAAAAUGUAAUGAUGUGAUAAAUGCAAAAUCCCUAUGUAGACUGUCCUGGCAACCGAAAAUCGGAAAGCUGCUAGCCAUUCCAGUAGAAAAAAUAAUCAAAGUAUAUAGAAGAGAAACGUGGGAUCAUGAACUGGAUCUAUCAGAUAAUUUUAUCACACAGCCCCUAAAUAUUGUGGCCUGGUCUCCUUGUGGACAAUAUUUGGCAGCUGGAAGUAUCGGUGGCUAUAUAGUCAUUUGGAAAGUGGAAACACAAGAAUGCCUGGAAAGGGUGAAACACGAUAAAGGUUACACUGUCUGUGGUCUGGCAUGGCAUCCCAAAGGUGGCCAGCUUGCUUAUACAGAUACAGAAGGCAAUCUUGGACUACUUGAGAAUGUCUGUGAUAUAGAAAGGAAGAAAUCAAUACAUAAGGCACCUAAUGCUUCCAGCAAAAGCUAUGAUGACCUUUUUGAUGAGGAUGCCAAAGAGGACUUUCUGAAUAGGGAUUUCAGUGAGGAUGACUGGGGCUCUAAGGCAGCAACAAACGAUGAAGAUGAAGAUGACUUUAAGAUAAUGUCGGGACGUCCCAGAAACCGAGGCGCAAUAAUAGAAGAUGAUGAGAACUCCCUAGAUACUGGAUUGCUGAAAGCUAAUUCUGACCUCGAUAAGGAAGAUGAAGAGGAUGAUUUGGACAAUUUUGUUCCAGUUCAGCCGCUGCCAUCCGACCAGAGGCCACUCUACAGUGGGCCAUUGCCAACUCCUCGGCAAAAGCCAUUCCAGUCUGGUUCUACCCCAACACAUCUCACUCACCGCUUCAUGGUUAAUUUCAGAUUUAAAUUCAAGCUUCAUUGCAUUCAUUUCAAUUCCUGGGAUCCUAACAAGGAAUGGACUGUUGAUAUGCUGCAGGAUGAAGACAUUGAAGCUGUUUGUUUGGGCCAGGGCUGGGCUGCAUGUGCCACUAGUUCUCUUCUGCUUCGUGUGUUCACCAUUGGUGGAGUUCAGAAAGAGAUUUUCAGUUUUCCUGGACCUGUGGUGUCGAUGGCAGGACAUGGAGAGCAGCUGCUGGUGGUCUUUCACAAAGGCACUGGAUUUGAAGGGGAUCAGUGUCUUGGAAUUCAGCUUCUAGAACUUGGGAAAAAGAAAAGACAGAUUUUACAUGGUGAAUCACUUCCUCUUUCCAGGAAAUCCUAUUUAGCCUGGAUAGGAUUUUCAGCAGAAGGUACUCCCUGUUUUGUGGAUUCUGAGGGUAUUGUACGAAUGCUGAACAGAAAGCACGGUAAUAUUUGGACCCCAGUCUGUAAUACAAGAGAGCACUGUAAAGGGAAGUCAGACCACUACUGGAUUGUUGGCAUUCAUGAGAACCCUCAGCAGCUCAGAUGCAUUCUUUGUAAAGGAGCUCGUUUUCCAGCUACGCUUCCCCGUCCUGCGAUAAUAGUGCUGCCAUUUAAGCUCCCUUUUUGUCAAACUGCAACAGAUAAGGGUCAAAUGGAGGAGCAAUUCUGGCGCUCAGUCUUGUUCCACAACUAUGUAGAUUAUUUAUCUCAAAAUGGAUAUGAAUAUGAUGAAAGUGUGAAAGGCCAGGCAGUCCAAGAACAGCAGAAUCUCCUGAUGAAAAUGUUUGCAUUAUCUUGCACACUGGAACGUGAAUUUCGCUGCAUGGAGCUUGCUGAACUCAUGACACAAAAUGCCACGAGCUUAGCUAUCAAAUACGCCUCUCGCUCACGGAGGCUGAUUCUUGCCCAGAAGCUCAGUGAAUUUGCUGCGGAGAAGGUCUCAGAGCCGGCAUCUACUGAAGA